UUCUUAAUCGCACCCAACUUCGCCUUAGCAGCGCAGCCAACUAACAAAUUUUCAUCUUCUCUUUCUUUCUUUUUCUACCUCCAUUGACGAGUGUCUGCGAAUUUAUAUUUCAAAUAAAAUUAGCAAAAAUGGAGAACGACGCCGGUGAAUCUGUUGAUUUGUACUGCCCACGUAAAUGUUCUGCAUCCAACAGAAUUAUCCACGCUAAGGAUCAUGCUUCAGUGCAAUUAAACAUUGUUGAUGUUGACCCUGAAACCGGCCGUAUGACUGUUGGUUCAAAGACCUACGCUAUCUGCGGUGAGAUCCGUCGUAUGGGCGAAUCCGAUGAUUGUAUUGUGCGUUUGGCCAAGAAAGAUGGUUUGAUCACCAAGGCUUUCUAAAUGUAUAUACUUGAAUAAAGUUGCAGAUUUUAAGAUUUAUAACUGAUAAAAA